AUGUCUUCUUUUGCUGCUACUCAUGUUCAUUCCUUGCUCGCCGCGGUGAAAUCUGUGCCGUUGACACCCAAAAAUGAAGUUGCGGUCUCUUCGGACGAGACCAAGGAACAGUCUUCUCGUGAACAGAAGUCCAAUGCUCUCUUGCACCAGUUGAAUUCACCUUUCGACAAGUCUUCCUUACGCUCGACCCUUCUGGAACUAUAUGAACAAUCGUCCGAGCUAGCGUCUGGAGAAGAGUUCGUUAUUCGUACCGCGCUCGAACGACGAAUCGUGGUUGGUCUCUAUGCUGAGGCACUUGACCAGUGGCUUCAAGAAGCAAGAGAAACAGACUCGGAAGCAGAGUGGUGGGAUGCCGUAUCACGCUCUUUACGUUCUUUAGCUUGGUAUCUUCUCGCAACACUUCCCGAGCGUGUGAUGCGUGGCAUUCGAACGAUCCUGGCCGAGUUAAGAGCGCACAAUAUUCCUAUUCGCCCAUCCUCGUUCUCUCCUCGAACGCUCCGCGAGCUGUUUCCGACUGUUAGCGCCCUCCGACCAACAGCUUUAGGGGCGGCCUUCUUUCCGCAUCUGAAUCGUCGGCAACGCCUACUUUUCUCCUCUCCCUUAGAACUAACACGACAAGAAUGCGAGAAACGUCGCGAAAAUCUAAUAGAAUUACGGGACGAGCGUGCUUUGGAGCUUGGACAACUCCUCUUAUUGAAGUCGGAACUGGAAGACGCGAUCCGAGAAGACAGUGUAAAUAUGGCGUCAAAUAAGCUCCGGAGGGCCAUAGACGCAGACAAACCAGAUUCUUCUAGUCAGGUGCAGGGAUCCAUCUCAGUGCUGCGCGACAUUGCGUUUACUCAGCUUGCUUCCCGAGCUGCUUCGCAUUCCAUGCGUUUCUCUGCACUUCGCAGACCGUCUCGAUUAACUCUCAUUUGGCCCCGAUUAGCAUUUAUCCCUCCAAUUUCGCUUUUCCUAUUCCGGGUAAUAUAUAACUCGCGAGAGAGUAUCAUGGAAAGCCUUCUCAGUGCCCACGAUACUUUGAAAGGCUUCUGGUUUGGUUAUGUUAUUGAACCUAUUCGCGAUAUUCUCGAUACUGUACGGACCGGAGGAGAAGACAACGCAGGGAUUGUAAACCGUGAAGCUGUCCGUGCAGAUAUUGAAUCACUAGAACGUAUGGCAAUUGAUCUGGGUAGAGACGAAUUGUCCCUUAACGAGACACAGUUACAACAAUUAACCUCGCAAAUACACCAGGGUGACUUCACACCUGUUUUGCGCAUAUAUGAGGAAGACAUCAAAGCUCCCGUCCGUACCGCCCUUACCGGCAGUCUUGUUCGCUCUUUACUUAUCCAAAUCCAGAAAGCGAAGGUCGAUCUUGAUCAAGCGCUUUCGGGCAUCGAUAAAUUGCUAAAAUCACAGGAGCUAACAUUCGCAUUCGUCGGCGUUGCUCCUGCAUUAGCAAUCGUCUAUGCAGCAUUCAGUGGUGUACGUGGACUCUGGACUGGUGGACGAGGAGGCAAAAGAUUCGGUGGGCGACGCGAGCGCGAGGGAGCUUGGCUUGCAAUUCGCCGCGUGGAACGUCUUCUUAUCAUCUCACCAAACGACACCCGCACAUCUGAAGGAUCGGCUGUCUCGGGGAACGUACCACCUGAUUCCACACUGCCGCAUCUCACGUCGGGUUUGCUACUCAUUGCAGUCGCACGUUUGCGCGAGUUCGCAGAAACGCGCCUUCCUUCGCAUUCGUUAAUGCGUGCCGGAAUGCUUGCCGACAUUGCAGAUCUAGAGAAUCCAGAACUCGGACGAAUUGAGAAGCUGCGGAUCGUCGAGCGGAUGUGGCGCUCGUGGGGAAGGCUUUUUGGGUGGGACAAAGUUGGGAAAUUAUGA